UGUGUGUGUUGGGGGGAAAGUGGGUGUCGCUGUGUAGAAUAAUUAUACGAGACAAGGGAGGCAUUUUCUGACGGGUGGCUUCACAGAAGACUCAACAACUCGAGGUUUGAGGACUGCUCUGCCUUCAUCUGUAACAAGGGUCCCGUGAACGGAUUCGAAUUGGAUUUUCGACAGGUAGGACUGGUCGAAAUGUGGAUAUAAUGUAUCCAAACCAUAGACUGUGAUCCAAACACACAUCGUCUCCAGAUUCUGAACUCUUAAGUGGACCUAUGAUGAUCUGUCUGCGGAGAGACGAGAAGGGUGCAAGCCAGCACAGAAGCACCGCGGACUGUUGUUGUCUGAGAAAUGAUAACAAAUAAACGACACGGAAAGGAACAUGGUUGAAAGGACCAGUAAAUUUCUGUUGAUCGUCGUCGGAUCUGUCUUCUUCAUGCUUAUUUUGUACCAGUACGUGGCGCCCGGGGUGAUAAACUUCGGCUCCCCGCACGGGUACGAAGAGGACAUGACCAUUUUCCCCACUCCGGAUCCGCACUAUGUGAAAAAGUACUACUUCCCUAUUAAAGAUCUCGAGCGCAAAAUAGAUUUCGAAAUCAAGGGGGAAGACGUGAUUGUGUUUCUCCACAUCCAAAAGACCGGCGGGACGACAUUCGGGCGGCAUCUAGUCCAAAAUGUUCGACUGGAGCUUCCGUGUGAUUGUAGACCGGGUCAGAAGAAGUGUACUUGCUACCGUCCGAACCGAAAGGAGACCUGGCUGUUCUCUCGCUUCUCCACCGGCUGGAGUUGCGGCUUGCACGCGGACUGGACCGAGCUCACCAACUGCGUCCCCGGAGUUCUCAACAAGAAAGAAAGCAAGUCGAAAAAAACGAGAAAGUUCUACUAUAUCACUCUACUGAGGGACCCCGUUUCCCGCUACCUUAGUGAAUGGAGGCAUGUUCAGCGCGGGGCGACGUGGAAGACAUCCCUGCACAUGUGCGAUGGUCGGACUCCCACUCCCGAAGAGUUGCCACCCUGCUACGAGGGCUCAGACUGGUCGGGGUGCAAUUUGCAGCAGUUCAUGGACUGCCCCUACAACCUCGCCAAUAAUCGCCAAGUGCGCAUGCUGGCCGACCUCAGCCUGGUGGGCUGCUACAACCUCUCCACAGUACCUGAGAAGAGGCGCUCACAGCUCCUGCUCGAAUCGGCCAAGAAAAACCUGCGAGACAUGGCUUUCUUCGGCCUGACGGAGUUCCAGCGAAAAACGCAGUACUUGUUUGAACGCACCUUCCACCUCAAGUUCAUCCGGCCCUUCAUGCAGUACAACAGCACGCGGGCGGCUGGAAUCGACCUGGAUAAUGACACGAUACAGCGCAUAGAGGAACUCAACGAUCUGGACAUGAAGCUGUAUGACUAUGCCAAAGACCUGUUUCAGCAGCGCUACCAGUACAAGCACAUGCUGGACCGCCGGGAGCAGAGACUACUGAGAGGACAGGCGUCUUUCCACAGCCCGUUCCGAGAGGACCGAGCCGGAGGAGAGGGUACAGCACGCCUGCCAACCGAGGACUACAUGAAUCACAUCAUCAACGGAUGGUAACCGCCCACCCCUCUCCAGAGAGACCGAAAAAGAGACACAGUAACAAAGGAGAGGGGGAAUAAAGAGACCCAAGUGGAAUAUCCAUUUCGAGACAGGAGAAUUUAACGCCUCUUCCUUUGGGCGGGAAUAUGGGACCAGAGAACGUUCAAGAAAUGAGUCUUUGAGCAUUUCAAUUGGUGCAGCAUCUCAUGGGCCUUUUUUAAAUAAAAGUUAUGGCAUAACAUUAAAUUAUUAGCGAUUUUUGUUUAUUUGUUUGUUUGUGCCACAAAGUUUUCUUAACCUCUGUGCUGCAGUGUUUCUCAAAAAGUGUGACUGAAAUGAACAAACAGGUUUUAAUAUCUGGUUCACAUGAAUACCUGAGAAUCUAUGAACUCUUCAGGAAAGUAUAAAGAUUGUUUAUAUAUAUAUA